UGAAAGGACCGAGGUUCCCUCGCUUGAAAGUUGGAGCAGGCCACCGGCUGGAUGUAAAGUCUUCUGGAGUGUUUGGAUUACACUGUUCGUGGUCUGUUUGGCAAAGCCACAGGUGACUUCUCCGAUACAGGAAAGCUAAUAGAGAAGACAACGUUUGAUCACAUCAACAGAGAAAUGCUGGAAAAGAUUCUUGCUGUCAUUCAGGGAAGCAAUCGUAAAGCUCUAGUGACGCACGCUAACAUUGACCUGAAAACCCAAGAGGCCUAUGAGCUGGCAGUUAAAGGGUUACUUCGCCCUAUGCAGAAAAGCCCUCCAUUAAUUACAGCGAUUCGCUGCCUUGAGUUUGCUCCUCCAGAAUUCCAACUAGAAAUCCAGUGCUUGCACGAGACUCAGCAGUACCUCCGAAAGAUAGUUCAUGAAAUUGGCUUGGAGCUGAAGUCAGCUGCUGUGUGCACACAAGUGCGAAGGACCCGGGAUGGCUUCUUCACACUGGACAAGGCUCUCCUGAGAACACAUUGGGACCUGGAGAAUAUCCAGAAAGCAAUUCAAGACUCCAGGCUCACAGUGAAAACAGAACUUGAGAAAAGUUUAGGCUACCUGGAAAGGACUGCUUAUGAUGAACAUAUCGAGAUGGACCAGGUUGAAGAGAGCGAAGCAUCAAGAUAGCGCAGUGUUUGGGGGACACCUGCCAGCAGCCUCUCAUAAACAGGAUAGCCAUGUGUUAACCAGAAAGUUGGACAAUAAUAGAUAGGAAAGAGAGUAAUCCACAACUAGCCUUUCUUUGGGUGGCCCUUAGCUUAGCAGGAGUUGUUUGUUUUCAUCCAACAUGUCUCCCUUGAGAGGCAAAAUAUUUUCUUCUAAAGUGUUGCACAACAGUAGAGUGAGAUCACUGACAUCUAAGAUAGCUCUGCAUUUACUUCCAAAGCCAACCCCCCUGCUGAUGUUGCUGGGAAGGUUCUGUUGGUAAGGACUGAUAGAGUGGAAAUACAACCAGUGUGUUGCAGGCUGUGUUGCUUCUACUGCAUGCUUAUUUUAUUUUGCUCUUUGUAAUGAGAAGUGCAGCCUAGCCAUAGGAAUUCUUUCCCCAAAUAAAAAGGUUUUGUAUGAUAACAUGAAAAUAGGGCUGAUCUAUACCCUAUGUUGAAGGUGUAAAGAGCUAUUGAUCAAACCAAAAAAUGAACCUGUGCAAGGAAGAUGUAAGAUUUGAGUGAGGCAAAACUAUUUCCUAGGAAGGGGAAUGCUUCAUUUGGCUUCGCUAAUCUCAACAAGAGGCCGAGGUAAACUUGUGCUAAGGGAUUAAGGAGUAGGAUGUAAAAGCAAGAAAUAGGCUGGAAGAAAUUAAGAUUCAGUGCAAAAUAUUUAUGGGGAAAGAUGCUGCUCCUUGGCACCAACAUUUUAAAAUGAACAGAACCAAAAAUCCCUGCGAUUCCCAACAUCUUGUGGAUUUAUCCUGCCCUACUGAGUUAACAGAAUGGUCAGUAUAACACAGCUAUACAAAUUAGCUGACAGAGGUGUGACCACUUUAAGGCUACAACUUACUUUUGAAAAUGCACCAUAAAUUGCCUGUUACAUUUGAUCACUGGUAAUGCAUUCCUAAAACAUGCAGAUCCAAGCAUAAUGCCAGACGUACUAAAGCAGCUGCAGUCUGAAGUCUCAGAAUGCCAAUUGCUGUAGUAUACAAGUGUGGAUGUUUUUGAUGUAAGGAAAGGCUGAUGUGAGGGGGUGGGCAUUAAUAACAACAUCCCACUUUAGAUUUGCCACUGUUUUUUCAAGAUUAUGUCCUAACAGGCACCUAGUGACUGCAGACUUGCAUGCAAGCAAUACAGGAUUUCUGCUACUAGAAAAGAUUCUGCCUUUACCUCUUUUAAGCUCUGCCUGGGGCACUUGUAGAUACAAUUCUUUCUUUGAAGAUAUACCCAGACAGCUGUUAAAGGUGAGAUGUUACUCUGUGGUCUCACAAUGGAUAAUCCCCGGUGAAGCAAGUGUUUAACAGUGAUGGCUGAUCUUGUUUCUGUGUUUAUUUUUUUAAAGGAAUUUUAACUAAA